CACACACACACACACACACACUAGCAACAACAGCAGCAGUGGGCUGUUAGUUAGUAAACUGCGGCGGUGGUUAAUGAUGGAGAUCAGCAGCUAUUUCCUGAAACUCACACAGUUUAACUUGGAAGCAUUUCGCUUCUAUCAUGUCUUGGCAGUCGUGUUCAUAAUCUACAUUUCAGCGGUACUGAUUAAAUGGUCGAUAAAGAGAAAGCGGUGGAUGCGAGCUUUAGAGCAGUUUCCUGGACCUCCUGGUCACUGGCUUCUCGGACACGUUACAGAGUUUCGGCAAGAUGGAACAGAUUUACAGAAGAUACCCAAAUGGGGAGAACAAUAUCCCUUUGCUUUCCCAAUGCAGUUUAGACCAGAUAGUAUACAUCUGUUUGUCCAUCAUCCAACCUAUGUCAAGCCCCUUCUGGCAUCAACAGGACCAAAGGACGACUUUGCAUAUAGAUUUCUCAUCCCUUGGAUAGGAGAAGGUUUACUUGUUAAUGCUGGAGAGAAAUGGUUUCGCCACAGACGUCUCCUCACACCAGGCUUCCAUUAUGAUAUAUUAAAGCCUUAUGUGAAGCUAAUGGCAGAUUCAGCCAACGUGAUGCUGGACAAGUGGGAAGUGUACACAAGAACAGGGCAGACCUUUGAACUUUUUCAGCAUGUUAGUCUGAUGACAUUGGACAGCAUAAUGAAGUGUGCAUUUAGCUGCCAAAGCAACUGUCAGACAGAGAGGUCCAACCCAUACAUAAAGGCAGUGUAUGAACUGUGCAACCUGGUGAACGUACGGUUUCGCGUCUUUCCAUAUCACAAUGACAUCAUCUUUCACUUGAGUCCACAUGGCUACAUAUUCAGAAAAGCAUGCAAGAUUGCACACACCCAUACAGAUGAAGUCAUACGACAGAGAAGAGAAGCUUUAAGUGAGAAGAAGAAACACGAUGAGGCUCAGGAGAAGAGAUAUUUAGAUUUUCUGGAUAUUCUUCUAUGUGCUCGUGAUGAGCAGGAGCAGGGCUUGUCAGAUGAAGCCAUCCAAGCAGAAGUGGACACUUUUAUGUUUGAGGGACACGACACUACUGCCAGUGGUAUCUCCUGGAUCUUCUACAGCAUGGCCUGCAAUCCUGAGCAUCAGCAGAAGUGCAGAGAGGAGAUCCAGCAAGUGCUGAUGGGAAAGGAUACUAUCGAGUGGGAGGACCUCAGUAAAAUACCAUACACCACAAUGUGCAUUAAGGAAUCCCUGCGUAUGUACCCUCCUGUUCCAGGAAUGGGACGGAAGUUGUCCCAGCCAAUUACUUUUUUUGAUGGAAGAACAGUUCCUGCAGGUCUGCGUAUUAGAAUCAGUAUUUAUGGAAUUCAUCACAACUCUACAGUUUGGGAGAAUCCAAUGGUUUUUGACCCACUGAGAUUUCUGCCAGAGAACACUGCUAAGAGAUCACCCCAUGCCUUUGUGCCUUUUUCAGCUGGACCAAGGAACUGCAUUGGCCAGAACUUUGCUUUGAACGAGAUGAAAGUGGUCGUGGCUCUGACGCUGAGGAAGUAUGUUCUCAUCAAAGAUCCAGAUCAUACUCCAAAGAUGAUCUCUCGACUAGUGCUCAAAUCUCUCAAUGGUAUACACCUCAAGAUCAAAUUAGUGGAAAAUUGAAAAGAUAUACAAAUAAUAUAAAUACUACUGUUUUAAUUGACAAUCAUGAAUUUAAUUAUAUAACUAACUCUUAAUAUUCUUAAGACUAUGUUCAACUCCGCCAACUAUAUUGCCUAUUAGAAAUAAACAAUGUUCAUCAGCUACUAAUCAAAUCUUUUAAUUAAAUUACCUAAUAAGGAAGAUGUAUACAUAAUGAUUGUUUACAAAUUGUAAUGCUAUUUUGAAAGCCACAGUACACCAAAUUUCUUCAUUUAUUGUUUAUACUUUGUGUGAUCUGUAUUAACUUGCAUUCACUUUUUCUGAACACACCUCAUACUUUGUUUUACUAUUUGCUUCACUCUGUUAAGGUGUAAUCCUGGACAUAGUUUAAUUAAUCGUAGCAUCCUUGUGAAACGGACAGUCAUUAAUAAGAUCC